CGUUGCGCACCAGUCGAGUAGAGGCACCAGUGCUGCAAGGUUCUCCUUUGCGAUCAUCUAUACAUCUAGCAGUGUGUCACUCUCGUUCAAGCGUGUCUGUGUGUGUGUGGUUGUGUUUUGCCAUCUCCGUUGUCCAACCGAUCGUGAGCCACAUUCACUCGCCAGAUAUCGGUCGUCUAGGACGCAGGCAGCCGUAGCCAUCAAAGGAUCGAACAGAUCAACAGCUCUGCUGCCGCUCUUGCCGUAUACAGUGGAUGAUCUCGUGCUUCGUGAUAGUGUAAAUGUGCUCCUUUCGCGUCAGUUCUUCCUUUACAAACAGUGCUUGCGAGCAUGUUUGGCGGACUUAACGGCAAAUGCAAUUGAAUUAACCCCAUUCUUUUAGGGGAUUUAGGCACUCUCUCCGGUGUGUUUCUGUGUGAGGUAAACAAAACAGCGUGUGUAAUUCCAUUCCAUUCCAAGCUCUUCUUCUAACCAAAGAAAAAUCGUGACCAAAUCCUGUGCCUGCGUGGUUGUGAAUGUUUGUUUGCGUUUUGCCCACCUUUGCGCGUUCGCCCCUCAAGCAGCUCAGAAGUGUUAAUGUUUCACGAGCUGGUACGCUUAUUGGCAGUACCGUGCAUAAAAUCGACCAUUUCCAGUGACGAAGGUAGCAGUAAAACGAUCCGUUUGUUCGAGCGAAGAUCCAAGCCCGCCAACUGUUGCUUGUGACGAAAAGUUUACGACCCCAAAACAAAACCAAAUCUCAAUCUAUAAAAUUCGGAUAAACGCGCGUUCUAUCCGCAACUCAACUUCUUCGGAGAAUUUCUUCUUUGUUCAUUGAAUUUUACCGGCGCAACCGAUCAACCACACUUCUCGCCUACAUAGGAUGGUAGAAGGUGACACCGAUCAGAACCAACCAAAGUAUACCGAUGUAAAGGACGACAGAGUAGCGAACGGUGACAGCAAGGAUCAUCCGUUGGCGGGAGGAGUCGUUGCCCUCUCUCUGCACGAGAAGUCGCUGGACCAUACACAGGCUGUACUGCCACCACCGGCACCCGGCACCACUGGGAACGGCUCGGCGGCCGGUCCGCUCGCCCUCAGCAAGCAGCACGAGGCCAACUCGGGCACGGUCGGUACGGACCCCGAGCGAGGGGUCGCACCGAUCAAGGCUGACUUCGAGCAGGCGAUAGAGCUGACUGGUUAUGGCAGGUUCCACUACAUCCUGCUAGCAAUAUGUGGGCUGGUAAGCACCAGCGAGGAGAUGGACGUCAUCUCGAUGUCGUUCAUCCUGCCCUCCGCCCAGUGCGAUCUCGACCUGAACACGCAGAGCAAGGGCUGGCUGAACUCGAUCAUCUUCAUCGGCAUGAUGUUCGGGGCGUACAUCUGGGGCAGUGUGGCCGACUCGCUCGGCCGCAAGAAGGUGCUGAUCGUGAUCUCGAUCAUGAACGCGUUCUGCAUCGUCGCGUCUUCCUUCUCCCAGACGUACGAGGUGUUUAUGGUGUUUCGCUUCCUGAACGGUGUGGCGUUAGGCGGUAGUGGUCCCGUCAUCUGGCCGUACUUUGCCGAAUUCCAGCCCAAGUCGAAGCGUGGCUCGAUGCUUAGCUUUAUGGCGGCGUUCUGGACCAUCGGCAAUCUGCUCGUCGCCGGGCUGGCCUGGCUAAUCAUCCCAACCGGUAUCGGCAUCACCACGCCCGCCUUCACGUACAACUCGUGGCGCAUCUUCCUGCUCGUCUGCUCCAUACCGUCGUUCAUUGUCGCUGCACUGCUGCUGUACCUGCCGGAGUCACCGAAGUUCCUGCUCUCCCAGGGCAAGAUCGACGAAGCGCUGGCCAUCUUCCGCGGCAUCUACGUGACGAACACGGGCAAAUCGAAGGACCAGUACCCGGUGCGCGAGCUGCUAAUCGACGAGUGCUUGCGCGAGGAGCUGGAAGCGGUCACGAAACCGAUCAAGAACAAGUACAAGCGCAUGCUGUACGACAUACUGGACAACAGCAAGCAGGUGUUUAUGUCGCCGAUCCUCAAGUUUACCAUCAUCUCGAUCACGAUCAACUUUACGUUCCACAUCGGCUACUACGGGCUGAUGAUGUGGUUCCCGGAGCUGUUCAACCGGUUCGAUGAGUUUACGCGCGCCCAUCCGGGCGUGGAGGACGCGUCGGUGUGCCAGGUGACGGACUAUGUCGUUGGCAUGGGUUCACACUCACAGUCGGGCGUCUGUUCCGCGACGAUACCGAGCACCGUCUUUAUGGAGUCACUCAUUACGGUGGCGGCGGCUCUGCCCGCGAACGUGAUUGCGGUGCUGGGGAUGGAUCGGCUCGGGCGUAAGUUUUUCCUCGUCUUCAGCACGAUGGCGGCGGGCGCUUGUUCCGCGUCGAUGUACUUCGUCACCAACCAGCACCAGAACCUGGCCGUGUCGGCCAUCUUCAGUGGCGUCAUCUCGAUGGGCAACGCGUCGCUCGACUGUCUCAUUACGGAAGUGUUUCCAACGAAUUUACGUGCAACCGGUGUGGCGAUCUCGAUGGUGGCCGCACGGUUGGGCGGUAUCAUCGGCAACGUGGUGAUUGCCACCCUGCUCGACCUGUACUGUCCCGCGCCGACGUUCAUCGUGGCCGUCCUGCUGGCCGGUGGCGGUCUGAUGUGUCUGUUCCUGCCGAACACGACGCGAACCGCACUGUCCUAAGCACUGGGACGGCGCAACGCGCAACUUCACACCACCGAUACCGUGGGCCCCGGAAACCCCUUCCCCGUGCUUCCCACAUCUCCCCUCAAAAUGCCAGCGUACAGCCGUCGGCUGGUGCAUUCAACAACGAGUCCCAUUCAAUCAUUGUUUUUGUUUUAGUUUUUUAGAGUAGACUUUUUUUGUUUUUCAUCGUUUUUUUGCUAACGCAAACGGGUAACUAGGGGGGAUAAAGAGAUUUAAGUGUAAGCCACAGCAACCAAAAGAGAGGAGGUUGUUUGUGUGAAAGAGAGAUAGAGAGAAAGAGAGAGAGAGAGAGAGAGAGAGAGAGAUGGAAGGGAAGAGCGUAGCUACCUAUACAUAUCAACAAAUGGCAAAACGGGGCCAAUUCUGUGGCUCUUUUUGAUGGAAUUUUUUUUACUACUCCCAAUUCCUCAAAAUCUUCCCCUUCGCCCCCUAUUAUGUCAAUUCCCCUCACAUCAAUUAACGUGAAAAAAAAGAAAACCCAUCACGUGAAUGAUUGA